GAAGAAGGUGAGGCAGAGGCAGGUUGAACUGGCGGUGGGACAGGAAAUAAAUAAAUAGUGAUGGUUCUCAUUUUCCCAACGCUACCACUUAAUUUUGAAUUUGUUUCGAUGAAAACAACGUGCUCUCUAUAAAAGUAAAAUUGUGAUCGAUCCAAUUCCAAGGGAUGGCACCGAUGAAUAUGAAGCAAUCUGCGAAAUCGAGUAGAAGCAGCAUAGCAGCAGCUUGCUCUCAGGAGAUCCUGGUGCGUGAAACGCUGCGUAUCAGUGCCAAUUUAGCCUCCACGCCUCUCCUGGAAACCGCUCCCAGCUUGAGAAUGAUUUGCUGUGAGGAAUUGGACGGUCGUCGAUGGAAGUACGUGGCGGAGACCGAUGCCCACGGCCAAUUCAAGCCCGAUUCAUUCCGUCCUCUCUCCGUGCAAAACCCUCAACUUCAGGCCCCAAUAGAUGAAUUCCUUUCCUUCGUUAGAUCCUAUGUUGUUCCCGAAGGUUUCCCUCAUAGCGUUACUCCUUCCUAUGUCCCCUACAUGACAUGGAGGGCUCUUAAGCACUUUUUCGGUGGAGCAAUGGGCGUUUUCACUACUCAAACCCUUUUGAGUUCAGUUGGCGUCUCUAGAAACAGGGCCACCCCUGCUGCUGUAGCCCUCAACUGGAUUAUCAAGGAUGGUUCUGGUCGUCUCGGCAAGAUGUUCUUUUCUCGCCAAGGAAAGAAAUUUGAUUAUGACCUAAAACAGCUAAGGUUUGCAGGUGAUCUUCUACUGGAGUUGGGCGCUGGAGUUGAACUCGCAACUGCUGCAGUGCCACAUCUAUUUCUUCCUUUGGCUUGUGCUGCUAAUGUAGUCAAGAAUGUUGCUGCUGUAACAUCAACAUCUACUCGGACACCCAUUUACAAAGCCUUUGCUAAAGGAGAAAACAUAGGGGAUGUCACUGCUAAAGGAGAAUGUGUUGGCAAUAUUGCGGACCUGUUAGGAACUGGUUUGAGCUUAUUGAUUGCCAAAAGAAAUCCGUCACUUGUCACCACAUUUUCCCUCCUUUCUUGUGGAUAUCUCCUUAGCUCUUAUAGAGAGGUAAAAUCUGUGGUUUUGCACACACUUAACUCCGCAAGAUUCAGUGUGGCAGUAGAUUCAUUCCUCAAGACAGGACGAGUUCCCACUUUGGAGGAGGGCAAUAUGAAUGAGGACAUAUUCAAUUUUCCGUGGAAAGAUAAGCCUGUUGUUCUUGGAUCAAGAAUCAAGGAAGCAUUCCAAGACCCUAGUGCAUAUGUUGCCAUAGAGCCCUUGUUUGAUAGGGAGCGAUAUAUUGUAACAUAUGACCCCUCAAAACACAAGGUUUAUGCUGUGCUCAAGGAUCAGGCAAAGUCGGAUGACAUUCUGAAAGCAGCAUUCCAUGCUCAUGUGCUAUUGAGUUUCCUAAAAUCAUCCAACGAAAGUAUGGCCUCAUCUUUGAAGCAAAGGGAGGAUGUUAACUCAAACAUGAUGCACACAGUUUCUGAUAUUGAGUCUUGUAUAGCUGAUACUUGCAAGAUUGUGGCAAGUUCUUACGGGCUUUUCAAGAAUAAAGCUAAGGAGCAGGGUUGGACGAUGUCCGAAUCACUUCUAAAUCCUGGUCGAGCUAGGCUGUUUCAACAUGAUAAUAGAUGAUAUUUUAAUAUUCUCAGCUGGCUGCUGCUGGGUUUUAAACGCCAAAGAUCUUGGGACUGCUCUGGAUGUGAAAUGAGUGAGGCAACUGAAGGUUGAAGUCACCAACGAGCAAAGAGAACAUACAAUACAAUGCACAAGUGGAAUCGUACCAUCCUUGAUCUUCAGAAAGGCCAAGUGAACGUGAACUUCCACGGGAUGUUAUUGAAUGGAUGGCCUGCAACAUGAUUGAUUUAGUUAUAGCAGUUGUUAGCAUGACGACCACUUAAAAUACCAAUGUGUGGCUUUUUUUUUCUUUUCUUCCCCUUAAUAGUUUCGUUCUUUAUUCUUUUUGCAGUGGGGACGGAUUACUCUGUAGUAUAAACUUUUCAGUUUCAGUUGUAGAGCCGAGUUCAAAAACUUGCGCAUAUAUAAACGAUAAAAUAUCAGUGCAAUUUCCAUGGUGCAUUCUUGUAGUUUUAA